CGCAGAAUUGAUCACGCUUUCGACUUACUGACACAACGAGGAAAGAUCAAGACAAAUCACUGUUCAAGUAUGUUUCUUAAAGCUAUUGUGGUGCUUUUUGUGGUGAAUUUGACCCUGUCGAGCGCUGGCCUGGUCGGAGGACCAGUGGAUGCGAAAUUGGACAAAGAAUCAAGACAAGCGUUAAAGUUUGCAAUGACCCAGUACAACAAACAAAACAGAGAUGUGUAUUUGUGUGAUGUCUCUAAAAUCAUCAAGCUCCAAAAACAAGUUGUUGCUGGCAUUAAAUACAUCUUCACCGUGAACGUGGCCAGAACCACUUGCAGAAAGGGCAGAGAGAAGAAGCUGUGUGCCAUUCAAAAGAACCCCUCUCUGGCACGGGUAAGGCAAUGCAGAAUGGCGGUCUGGAUCAAGUCAUGGGAGAAUUUUAUUAAAGUCACUGAAAAUUCCUGCCUGUAGAGGAUGCUACUGUUGCAGUUUGAGGCUUUUACAAAGUGCAAUAUAACUCACUUGAUAUUGCUUAUUAUACUGAACUUUAAAUAUUUACUAUUGCUUAAAAUAGGAAUUGUAUUUGUGCAGGUAACCUGUUGAUGUCAGCUGCAAAUCUUUAUACAUAAAAGCUAAUGCAAGCUUGCCAACCUGUUAGACUCCUUUGCUCCAAAAGGACUACAGUUUGAAAGAAUUUCUAAAUAAGCCUUGUGUUCUCGUCUUUGUUAAUCCUUGGCUUAUUAAAAGUUGGUCCUUCAAUUUUGUCAGUGUGCUUCAUUUAUUUGGCUAAAAUAAUUUGCAGAGGUAAUUUGAUUUGGUGGAUAAUAUUGUGAUUUUGUUUUUAUAUAUGUAUACUUCUAAAAGUAAACCAUAGUGGUUUCAGACUUUCCUCAGAGUAUGUAAAUUGACCCAUAGCGCCAUCUGCUGUCUUGGUGUUGGAAA